AUGGCCACGCGCGUAACUCGGUCUUCAGCUCGUAUCGCAGCUGCGGCCAUGGAAGUAGAUGAGAAUGUGACCGUGGUAACCAAGUCCACGCGCACGCGCAAGAGGACGGCUCCGCCGAAACAACGAGGACCACGAAGAAGCCUCGUGGAAAGCAUCGCCCAAGCCGCAACGGAGGCAGGAGACGCGAACACUGCAGCCCAGCCCGUGGUCCAUCCACGGCCCCCUGCCAUCCCGGUCACCGCCUUGCCGACUGAAGAUGGUGAGGCUGCGCUCGUGCCCGCCAUUCUCACAUUCUCUUUCGACGAGGCCAGAAAGCACCUCAUCGACGCCGACCCGCGAUUCGAGGAGGUCUUCCGCAAGUGCACGUGCAAGCCGUACGAGGAGCUUGAAAGGGUGGAUCCAUUCCGCACGCUCGCACACUCCAUCUUGGGUCAACAGAUAUCAUGGAAGGCAGCGCGAGCCAUCACGCACAGAUUCGUACGUCUGUUCGACCCUCAUUACCUGAGAACCUGUCGGAGUGCGAGUGAGUAUCACUUUAUCGGACUUUUUCCCUUCUGCCAUCAAGUCAUCACCAAAGAUGCUGCGACGCUCAAAACGGCCGGCCUGAGCGUUCGUAAAGCGGAGUAUGUUCUGGACCUGGCUGCAAGAUUUGCUGACGGUCGCCUAACGACGCAAAAAUUGUUGGACGCAGACGACGAAGAGCUCCACCGCAUGCUGACCGAAGUUCGUGGGAUCGGGACUGUGAUGAAUAUGUUCGCGAUCUUCUCUCUUCGUCGUCCAGACAUACUUCCCGUUGGAGAUCUCGGUGUGCAGAGGGGCGCGCUGCGGUGGUUCAUUUCCCUGCACUCCCCUUCAGUUCCGAUAUCUAUCCGGGAGGAUAAGCUCGCCGACCCGACGAUUGACGGCGCGCUCACGGGUCGGGUGUCUGGUGAUGGCCAAGAAGCAGAGACGAGUACGGCCGGUGCUUCUGGCAUUGUUCCGGCACCUGUGCGCCCUUCGGAGAAGACGGCAGGCACGGAGUCAAACGCGGCGGGUGGAACGGGGCUGUCACUGCCCGACGCGUUCACACCGUCGAUCAACAAGACGCUGAACAUGUUUGGGGACCCGAGCCUGGACGGGACUCUUGUGAACGUGCCCGCGUUGCCGAGCGGACUGACGGUCGCGCAGAUGAAGACACGGCUGAACGGCAAAGCGAAGAUCAAGCGCGCUUCUGACACCACCGAGAUGGAGGCUCUGACAGAGAGCUGGCGGCCGUACCGCAGCCUAGCGGUGUACUACAUGUGGGCGUUGAGCGAGGAGGCUGGGACGGCGAAGUAG